ACCCAUCUUUCCAGAGGAGUCAGGAGAAGGCGCUCAUCUGAUCCCAACAACAUAACCAUGUGCGACGAAGAGGAAACCACCGCCUUAGUGUGCGACAAUGGUUCCGGACUGGUGAAGGCUGGUUUCGCCGGGGAUGAUGCCCCCCGAGCUGUGUUUCCCUCCAUCGUCGGCCGCCCUCGCCACCAGGGUGUCAUGGUUGGCAUGGGUCAGAAAGAUGCCUAUGUGGGGGAUGAAGCCCAGAGCAAGAGAGGUAUCCUUACCCUGAAGUAUCCCAUUGAGCACGGCAUCAUUACCAACUGGGACGACAUGGAGAAGAUCUGGCACCACACCUUCUACAAUGAGCUCCGUGUGGCUCCUGAAGAGCAUCCCACCCUGCUCACAGAGGCUCCUUUGAAUCCUAAAGCCAACCGUGAGAAAAUGACCCAAAUCAUGUUUGAGACCUUCAACGUCCCAGCCAUGUAUGUGGCUAUCCAAGCUGUCCUUUCCCUGUACGCCUCCGGUCGUACCACAGGUAUUGUCCUGGACUCUGGUGAUGGUGUCACCCACAACGUCCCAAUCUAUGAAGGUUACGCAUUGCCCCAUGCCAUCAUGCGCCUGGAUUUGGCUGGUAGGGAUCUGACUGACUACCUCAUGAAGAUCCUCACUGAGCGUGGCUACUCCUUUGUCACAACCGCUGAACGUGAAAUUGUCCGCGACAUCAAGGAAAAACUGUGCUAUGUCGCCCUGGACUUUGAGAAUGAAAUGGCCACCGCAGCCUCCUCCUCCUCUCUGGAGAAGAGCUAUGAGUUGCCCGACGGUCAGGUUAUCACCAUUGGCAAUGAACGUUUCAGAUGCCCAGAGACCCUCUUCCAACCAUCCUUCAUCGGAAUGGAAUCUGCUGGUAUCCAUGAGACAACUUACAACAGCAUCAUGAAGUGCGAUAUUGACAUCCGUAAGGAUCUCUACGCCAACAACGUCUUGUCCGGUGGUACCACCAUGUACCCAGGUAUUGCUGACCGCAUGCAGAAGGAAAUCACUGCCCUGGCCCCCAGCACAAUGAAGAUCAAGAUCAUUGCUCCACCUGAGCGUAAAUACUCUGUCUGGAUCGGAGGUUCCAUUCUGGCAUCUCUGUCCACCUUCCAGCAGAUGUGGAUCAGCAAGCAGGAGUAUGAUGAAGCUGGCCCAUCCAUUGUCCACCGCAAAUGCUUCUAAACGCCAGAGGGAUUCUACCUUUCCUGGAACUCAGGUUGAGAACAUUGUGCCUUUCACUGGUUUGAACUGGCAGGCCAUCGGGAGACGCGCAAUACUUCCUGAACUGUUAUCAUUGUACAGUUUGUUUACACCUUUGUGCAAUUUAUUUGUGACAAUAAUAUUUAUUGAUUUAUGAAAAAUAAACAAGACCGGGACUUGCAACGUGUCACGAUUCUUGUCUGUGUAUUUGAGGGAAAGGGAGGGGAUGGGGGGUGUGAGUGGAGGGCAGUUGAAAGUCACAGAAUUACAAGUAUUUCCUCUCACUUGGAAUUAACCAGAGUGGACAAUUGUAUCAAAAAUGAAGAACUACAACGUUUUAAACAUUUUCCCUGUAUAAAAGUAUAUUAAAUACAAGGAGAUGCAUGUACAUAGAAAGAUAGUGCCACAGUUAUGCCACAAACGGUCUGUUUCCGAUGAAUGAUAAGUCACGGAUAAUAAGUAAAGCAACACCACUGAAUUAACACCUAACAAGAACAGUACGCACCAUAAGAUGUAUUACAAAUAAUGAUGGAUUAAAGAGUAUCAUUC